GGUUUUGGCAAUUAGUAUCAACGAAACCAUAACGACUGAGAACCAACCGAACUCAGAGCAAAAAAACAAAAUGAAAUUCGCAAUUUUUCUACUAGUGGCCAGCAUUGCUUGCAUCAGCGCCCAGGCCCCUGGAGCUCCCGCUGGCAAUCCCCUUGCCGGAAAUCCCUUUGCUGCUGCCAAUCCCUAUGCGGCUGCCUUUAAUCCCUUCCUGAACGGACUUUUUGGUGGUGCCGGCACAGGACCUGCUGCUGGAGUUGCUGGUCCGGUUGCUCCAUCUGUACCCUUUGGAGGCAUAUCGAUUUCUUCCUUCUUUCAGACUAUAGUCCUGCAACGUGAGGCCGAGCGUCUGCUGUCCCAACCCAAUUUUCCCACUGAUCUGUCGGAACGUGUCCUAGAAGUGGUGGCAAAUUCCGAGGAGUCGAUCAAUGGUUGCAGCAAUGUCACCCUUCCCUGGCUGCAGAUCCGUUGUGCGAAGCCCCUUCUGACCACCGCCAAGAACCAGCUCAAGGUCAUUGAUGAUGAGUGGCAGGCGCGUUUGGCUGCCGCCACCACCGCAAGCCCUGCUGGAGCAGUUUCUGCCUAGGAUUCAUGUCUUGCCUUCCUGCUGUCUUCCUUAAUAUCCAAUAUUCCUUAGCUUAGCAAUCGACCAACAUAGAUGCAAUAAAAUUUAAAUAAGCUUAAUGCAGGAA